UAACUAAAGAAAACCUUUCUUCUACUAAAAAUUAAAAAAUGGUAUAUGAAUUGCGAAAAGCUCAGCAAUCCAAGCAUGGAUAAGAAGAACAAGCUGAAGCACACGGUGAACAAAGCAAAAGAGGAAUCAAACAUGGAAAAGAAGAAUCAGAAUGGCAAGAGCAAGAGCAUUCACGACAUCCUCCCUCUUGACCUGAUUCACAUAAUCCUUCUGCGGGUGCCGAUCGGACAUCUCGCUCGCCUCAGGUGCGUUUCCAAGCUGUGGUGCUCUCUAAUUUCUGAUCCUGACUUUGGGGAAUUGCAUUUUCACCACUCUCCAGCUGCCACCAACGCAUGCAUCUUCAUGAAAAACGAGACUAUGGCUGACUUGGUUUACUUAGACGGCAAUGAUGCAUCACAAAAAGAGGUGUGUCCCCCUUUCCAAAAGAAACCACCUUCUUAUUUUUUGGUAGUAGGAUCCUGCAGAGGCUUUAUUCUCUUCCAUGGACAGCCACAUUUUCUUGUGGUAUGGAACCCACUCACUGGAUCCAGCAAAAGAAUAUCCUACUCUCAUAUUGUUCAUCCUGGUAAGCCCCAUGUCUAUGGCAGGAUUGCCUACAAUGUGUAUCUGCAUGGAUUUGGUUAUGAUGCAUCACAGGAUGAUUACUUAAUUCUUGUAGCUUGGUGCGAUUGCAAAGGACAAUAUCAUUUGGAUUGCUUUUCCUUGAAAACCAAUUCAUGGAUUAAUCUUGAUGCUGCAGUCCCCAAACUCUUGGGUUUUCAUUACUGGCAUUCUGGUGGGUUGUUCUUUAAUGACGCUGUUCAUUGGGUGCCUUUCGAUCUUAAAGAUUACAGGGAUGCUAUUGUUAUCUUUGAUCUCAAGGAAAUGACUUUUUCAACUAUAUCUGCGCCGGAACAACUGUCAGGCUCCUCUCCAAGUGUUGCCCUACUCGGAGGCUGCCUAGCCUUGUCUUCUCCCAAUGAUGAUUGCCGUAACACUGACAUAUGGGUGAUGAAAGAAUAUAAAGUGCACUCAUCUUGGACUCUCUAUCAGAUUCCUUGCAAGGGCUUCCGGCCUCUGUGCUUAUCUAGUAAUAGGGAUAUUAUUGGAAGAGGCUAUACUUCGUGUGGUAAAACAGGGUACUUCAUAUAUAAUGUCAGAGGAGACUUGCUCAAGCAUUUUAAAGAUCUGUGUUGUCAGCUUCCCAAACAUGAACCCAUUAUUGUGUAUACAGAGAGUCUCUUGCCACUCCCUAGUGAUAUUAAGGAUAAGGAUAACAAGAAGAAGAUGAAGAAGGAAAUCCGUAUGUAACCAUUUUCCUAUGCUUUGCACGACCUGCCAUCAAGUUCACCAUGAAUAAUUUGAACAACCUGGUGUUGCUAAAGGUUAGCAUCAGACAAAGAAAGAGAAUUAGGAGCCAACAUACAAGUGAACAGCUUGACACAUGGGGAAGAAGAACAUUUGAAAAGUGCAAAUGAAGUUUAGUUGGUUAUGCAAAACUUCAGAUGUUUUAUUUCUUAGUUGGUUAUGUAAAACUUUAGAUGCUUUAUUUUGCAGAUUGCAGAAUGUACUUUUCUUUUAUCAUGUCAAAACCUUAUGAAUCCAAUCCUAGAAGUUUUAAUUGUAGAUUCUUUUGGGGAUAAUACGUUUCUCCUGCAAACUUGAGAUGCUAGGUGUGGAGUCUAGUGAAUUUGUCAAAUGAAUCUCUUGUAAAAUUUCUCCUCAGCACUCACCCCUUCAUUCAUCUUCAUCAAGGACCCUGCAGAAGCUCGCUACUGCUCUGAUCUAAACGAAAUAUUUCAUGACGAUACUAUGAUGAAAGUGACCUUUAUUGAUUUCAUUGUCCCAAUGAAGAACAAGAAGGAGAAGAAUAUGGACCAAUCUCGUGAAUGUGAUACUAGGAGGGUGCCUAGCCUUGUAUUUCAUAAACUACAAUUUUGGUGAUAAUAGAACUCAGAUAUGGAAA